UCCGUUUUUUUGUGGUGCGCAGCUGUUAUGGUGGAUCCAAGUAUGACCUGGAGAUUGGGAUAGUGUUUGUGCAUGUCUGGGGACCAUGCGGCGAUGAAGAAGAAGAAGAAGAAGAAGAAGAAGAAGAAGAAGAAGAAGAAGAGCAAGAAGAAAAAGAGGAAGAGGAAGACGAAGAAGAGGAGGAGCAAGAGGAGGAGGAAGAAGAAGAAGAGGAGGAGGAAGAAGAAGAAGAGGAAGAGAAGAAGAAGAGGAAGGAGGAAGUGGAAGAAGAGCAAGAAGAAGAAGAGGAGGAGCAAUAGGAGGAGGAGGAGGAGGAAGAAGAAGAAGAAGAAGAAGGAGGAGGAGGAGGAGGAAGAAGAAGAGGAGGACGAAGAAGAAGAAGAGGAGCAAGAGGAGGAGGAAGAAGAAGAAGAAGAAGAGGAGGAAGAAGAAAAAGAGGAGGAGGAGCAAGAGGAGGAGCAAGAGGAGGAGGAAGAAGAAUACGAGGACGACAAAGAAGAAGAAGAAGAGGAGGAGGAAGAGAGGAAGAAGAAGAAUAGGAGGAAGAAGAAGAAGAAGAAGAAGAAGAAGAAGAGAAGAAGAGGAAGGAGGAAGUGGAAGAAGAGCAAGAAGUAGAAGAGGAGGAGCAAGAGGAGGAGGAGGAAGAAGAAGAAGAAGAAGAAGAAGAAGAAGAAGAAGAGGAGNGGGGGGGGGACGAGGGGUUUUGGUGGGGAUAGGAAGGGUAUAGAUAGGGAUUAGAAACUUUGAAG